AUGCAUUCUCUGAUACUCCACGGAAGAAGGUCUCUCGAGCUGCAGAAAUGGCGUAACUUUAGAGUUUCAGCUAAGCUUUUGCAAAUUGCAUCUUCUUAUUCCAAUUCCUUCUCCUCCGUUAGCUCUGUUCAUGUAAACCUUCAAGAUGAUCGAAAAGGGAAGACCUUUACAGUCUCUUACCUCGUUGAUUCACUGGGUUUCACUAGAAAGCUCGCCGAAUCAAUCUCAAGGAAAGUUAUUUCAGAGGGAAAGGGAAACCCAGAUUCUGUUUUGAGUCUUCUUAAGAGCUAUAAGUUCACAGAGUCUCAGAUCUCCAGCAUCGUCGUUGAGAUGGGCUUUGAUCCCAACUCCUCAAAGUUUAUCGAAGCUCUAUACGCUGUUUACCAGUUGAGUGACAAAACCAUAGAAGAGAAGGUCAACGUCUAUCAAAGCUUAGGCUUCACCGUGGGAGACGUGUGGGAGAUUUUCAAAAAGUAUCCAACCAUUCUUGUAAUCUCGGAGAAGAAGAUACUCAACUCCAUGGAAACGUUCCUUGGCCUAGGAUUCACCAGAGAUGAGUUUGCGACGAUGGUCAAGUGCUUUCCUCAGUGCGUUGCGCAUUCUGCAGAGUUGGUGAAGAUGAAGAUUGAGUUUGUGGUGGAUCAGAUGAACUGGCCAGUAAAGUCUGUGGCUUUGUUCCCUCAGGUGCUUGGAUACAGCAUGGAGAAGAGGAUUGUGCCAAGGUGUAACGUUAUCAAAGCUCUCAUGAACAAAAGGUUGCUCAAAAGUGAACUCCCUGGGAUCUCGUAUGUGUUGGCGAUUACAGAUCAAGUGUUUUUAGGACGGUAUGUGAAGAAGCAUCAUGACAAGGAGCUUGUGGCUGAGUUGAUGGCUAUCUUCUUCACCAGAGAUCGUGUUUCAUAG